CUUAAAACGAUCAAUGCGAAAAGUUCAGCCCAAGACACCAAGAACACAAUGCGAUGCUUACGAGCCGCUGGCGGUUUACUACGCAGCAAUGCGGCUGCCAGUAAAGCGCUCAGGACCGCUCCGUCUUUAGUAGUUCAAAGUCCAACAACACCACUGAGGUGCCAACCGACACCUGCGGUCCACACCGUCAGCCACAGCCAUGUGCCACGGAACCCCCCGAUGAGCAGGCCGUUCUCGAGCACAGCGAGGUGCUUGAAGAAGAAAGCCAGGGGCGGCAACAACGGCAACAACAACAACAACCAACCGUCUACCACCGCCGACGAUGCCACCGAAGUGGAGCGCCCCAAUGGCAGUGAAGAACCGGAGCUGGACCCCUUCGACUUCAGCGACCUGACCCAAGCAUUCGAGCGCGCCGAGGAGCGCUACACGGAAGAGCUCAAGAAGCUGCGCAGCGGCGGGCGGUUCAACGCGGACGUGAUCGGCGCGAUCCCCGUGCAGCCGGACAGGAAGAACCCGUCGCAGACGUGCGCGCUGCGCGAGCUGGCGACGGUGGCGCCGCUGGGCGGGCGGCGGUGGAGCAUCCUCGCGUUCGAGGAAGCGUCGGUGAAGCCCAUCAUGAGCGCGGUGCAGCGGUCCGACGACUUCAACCAGCAGCCGCAGCCGUCCCCGGACAACCCGCUGGAGCUGACCAUGACUGUCGAGCCCGAGCGGGCCGACGCGCUGGCCAAGCGGGCCAAGGACAUCUGCCAGGCCUGGCGGACGCGCGUGCGCGACGAGGCCCACCGCCGGACCCAGGCGCACAAGAAGUGGCGCGACGAGAGGCUGAUCCUGAACGACGACUUUCACAAGCUGAAGAAGGAGCUGCAGAAGCUGCAGGAUGACAGGAUGAAGGGCAUUCUGGCCAAGGAGAAGGAGGUGGUGCAGCAGAUCAUGGCGAGGGCGAGCUGAGACUGACGACCCCUUCAGAGCUAAAUAGACGAGUAAUGGGUAGGUAGGGCAGGGCAGGGCUGGACAAGGCAGGGCAAGAAAAAGGAUCU